GCUAUCCCCAGGAUGGCUGCCCGUCGGCUGGCUGCCUGCUCGCUCCUGCUUGACACCCCCCGAUCCACGAAUUUCCUUUAAAAUGCUCUAGUUUUCUCUGCCUGAGGUGUUCGCGUGCUUCAGGCACCUUGCGUCCGGUCGUUGUAGCUGAAGAGGAGAAUCUGGUGUUUCAGGGGGAGGGACCUUCAGUAUUUCAGUAAUUGUUGCUUGGUUUCAAACUUGCUGGUUUUGGUGUAUUGUUGGAGUGGCUGCCUUGGUGAACUGCCUCUUGCUACAAAGGGAGGAGUCCUGCAGCGCCAGCCUAACCUUUCUGUCUUUCCCCUGCCAGUGUUUUGCUUAGUUAUUCCAUCAUCUUGCAUUAUGCAAGAUAUUGCAUGAUUCUGUCGAUACUUUUUUAAAAAUAGGUUGUUGAUACGCUGCAAUAAAGCGUUCUUACUCCUAGAAGUGUCAUGUAACAGCUUAACAUUUUCAUGUGAAAACAGACGAUGGCUUCAAGGGGAACAUCAGAGACCAGUAAACUAAAACAAAACUUGGAAGAGCAGUUGGAUAGAUUAAUGCAGCAGCUUCAAGAUCUGGAGGAAUGCAGAGAGGAGCUAGAUGCAGAUGAGUAUGAAGAGACCAAAAAAGAAACUCUAGAACAGCUGAGUGAGAUCAAUGACUCCCUGAAGAAGAUAAUGUCUGGAGAUAUGACUUUGGUAGAUGAGCUCAGCGGGAUGCAACUGGCAAUACAAGCAGCCAUCAGCCAAGCAUUUAAAACUCCAGAAGUAAUUAGAAUGUUUGCAAAGAAACAACCAAGACAAUUGAGGACAAGGUUGGCAGAGGUGAAGGUGACAAAGUCUUUGCUCUGGCAAGUUUUGAAGUCGAGAAGGCAAAACAGUGAAGAGGUGCGUGAGGCUUGUGUCUCUCCAGUUAUCAGCAGCACUGGACUUCUGUCAUAUUGCAUUGGUUUUUUUCUAUUUUUAACAUGUUGGGGGAAUAAGAAAAACAAAACAAAUCCCUAAAAUUCUUGGGUUCUUAACCAGAAGAUAUGAAGUAAACAGCCUUAAGUGCACUUCGGAACCUCGUUGACUGUACUCCUUAGUACUCAUGUCAGCUCUGAGGCUGAACACUGAAGUGGUACUCUGAAAACAAAAGCACGGUGUGACUGUCUUUGGAAAGAAUCAGCUGUUUUGAACUUUUCUGAAUGUGCAUUUCUCUAACUAUUAAAGUGUAAUCUUUUUUGCA